CAGAUCCUUCAACACUAACAGCAAAAAUGAAAUCUUUCAUAGUUCUCGCCUGCCUGGUCGCCGCGGCGCUCGCCGUUCCCGUGGACCCGAAGGAUGCCACCAUCGUCAGAUACGACUCGGACAACAUCGGAGUUGACGGAUACAAAUACGAGUUCCAAACCAGCGACGGAACGUCAGCCCAGGAGCAAGGACAGUUGAAGAACGUGGGCACAGAGAACGAGGCGAUCGAGGUCCGCGGCCAGUUCUCGUACACCGGUCAGGACGGGCAGGUGUACACCGUCACCUAUGUGGCCAACGAGAACGGCUUCCAGCCCCAGGGUGCCCAUCUGCCCCAACCCUGAACAUCCACAACACUAGUCACACACUAUACGACUGAUUAGCUAAUAAUAAAAUGUUUACGAUAAUAAUAAAAUCUUUUAAUUAUAUUUGAACAAUUUUGCAUUCACAAUGCUAUAAAAAUCGCUUUGUCGUAUCUCAAAGUGUCAGGGACAAAGUUAUUUUUUAAGCCAAUUUUCAUUAAGAUUGUCUUUUAUUAUGUUCAAAUACAUUCUAUUAGAACUAACACUA